GCUGCUGAAUUGUCCCCGCAGUCCGGUCGCUCAGCUCUCCGCACCGGCGCAGAACAACGACACCUCCGCCAUCCCUCACACACCAUGGCAGUGCCUUGAUCUCCCCACCAAGGUCGGUGGUACGAACCUGGACCUGGACCUGUUCGCCUGGACGCAGCAGCUCGCCGCUCACACGGCUGCCGGUCGUUUCCCCGAAGGAAAAGCUGGUCCUGAAGAAAUCCCCUCGGAGAGCAGAAACCACCUCCUUGCAAGUGUUAGGCUCUCCUUCCACCCGGUUGGAUGAGUACCGAACAGUGUCACAACUCUGAGCAGUGAUUGGGCACUGAGCCAGACGGGGUAGCCAAGGGGGAGCCAGGCUAGCCAUCAUGGCAGACGUGGACCCAGACACCUUGCUGGAGUGGCUGCAGAUGGGCCAGGGUGAUGAGCGUGACAUGCAGCUUAUCGCUCUCGAGCAGCUCUGCAUGCUGCUGCUCAUGUCAGACAACGUCGACCGCUGCUUCGAGACGUGCCCUCCUCGGACCUUCCUCCCAGCACUCUGUAAGAUCUUCCUGGAUGAGAGCGCUCCAGAUAAUGUGCUGGAGGUUACGGCCCGGGCCAUCACCUACUACCUGGACGUGUCUGCAGAGUGUACCCGCAGGAUUGUGGGGGUGGAUGGAGCGAUCAAGGCACUGUGCAACAGGCUGGUGGUGGUGGAGCUUAACAACAGGACCAGCAGAGACCUGGCUGAGCAGUGUGUCAAGGUUCUGGAAUUGAUCUGUACCAGAGAGUCCGGCGCCGUCUUUGAGGCUGGCGGUUUGAACUGCGUGUUGAGUUUCAUCAGGGACAGCGGCCACCUGGUCCACAAAGACACGCUCCACUCUGCCAUGGCUGUGGUUUCCCGCCUUUGCAGCAAGAUGGAGCCUCAAGACUCUUCCCUGGAGACCUGUGUUGAGUCUUUGUCCAGUCUCCUUAAACAUGAGGACCACCAGGUGUCUGAUGGGGCUCUGCGCUGCUUCGCCUCAUUGGCUGAUCGGUUCACUCGACGAGGCGUUGACCCUGCACCUUUAGCCAAGCACGGCCUGACGGAGGAACUUCUGUCCCGCAUGGCGGCUGCUGGGGGGACGGUGGCAGGCUCUUCCUCCUCAUGUAAGCCGGGCCGGCCCUCCACGGGUGCCACCCCCUCCACCCCUGACUCCAAACUGAGCAACCAAGUGUCCACCAUCGUCAGCCUGCUUUCCACGCUGUGCAGGGGGUCUCCUCUGGUUACGCAUGAUUUGUUACGCUCAGCUCUACCCAACUCAAUGGAGUCUGCUCUGGGAGGGGAUGAGCGCUGUGUGCUGGACACCAUGCGGCUGGUGGAUCUCUUGCUGGUGCUCCUGUUCGAAGGGCGGAAGGCGCUGCCCAAGUCCACUGCAGGUUCAGCAGGUCGGAUUCCCGGGCUGCGACGUCUGGACAGCUCAGGGGAGAGGUCACACCGACAGCUCAUCGACUGUAUCCGCAGCAAAGACACCGAUGCACUGAUAGACGCCAUAGACACUGGAGCUUUUGAGGUGAACUUCAUGGAUGAUGUGGGACAGACACUGCUCAACUGGGCUUCUGCUUUUGGAACGCAGGAAAUGGUGGAGUUUCUAUGUGAGAGGGGGGCAGAUGUGAACAGAGGCCAGCGGUCCUCUUCCCUACACUACGCUGCCUGUUUUGGACGCCCACAAGUGGCUAAGACUCUGCUGAGGCAUGGAGCCAACCCAGACCUGAGAGACGAGGAUGGAAAGACUCCUCUGGACAAAGCCAGGGAGAGGGGACACAGUGAGGUAGUGGCGAUACUGCAGUCACCAGGAGACUGGAUGUGUCCGGUGAACAAGGGCGAUGACAAGAGGAAGAAAGAUGCCAGCAAGGAGGAGGAAGAGGGCAGUGAGCCCAAAGGAGACCCAGAAAUGGCUCCCUUCUACCUGAAGAGACUUCUUCCUGUUUUUGCACAAACCUUUCAGCAAACCAUGCUGCCUUCGAUUAGGAAAGCCAGCCUUGCUCUGAUUAGAAAGAUGGUCCACUACAGCAGUGAAGUCCUGCUGAGGGAGGUGUGUGACAGCGAGACGGGACAUAACCUGCCUACGGUUCUGGUGGAGAUCACUGCUACUGUCCUUGACCAGGAGGACGAUGAUGAUGGUCAUCUCCUGGCUCUGCAGAUCAUCAGGGAUCUGGUGGAUAAAGGUGGAGAUGUCUUCCUCGACCAGCUGGCCCGACUGGGUGUCAUCAACAAGGUGUCGACUCUGGCUGGACCGGCGUCUGAUGACGAGAAUGAGGAUGAAGUAAAGCCUGAAAAGGAGGAGGAGGUGCAGGAAGAUGCUAAGGAGAUCCAGCAAGGGAAGCCGUACCACUGGAGGGACUGGUCCAUCAUCAGAGGCAGGGACUGUCUCUACAUUUGGUCGGAUGCUGCUGCCCUCGAGCUCUCCAACGGCUCCAACGGCUGGUUCAGGUUCAUCCUGGAUGGAAAGCUGGCCACCAUGUACUCCAGCGGGAGUCCAGAGGGGGGUUCGGACAGCUCAGAGUCUCGCAGCGAAUUCCUGGAGAAGCUGCAGCGAGCGAGGAGCCAGGUGAAACCAGUGACAGCCAGCCAGCCCAUCCUCUCCAGUGUUGGUCCCACUAAGCUGACAGUGGGGAACUGGUCCCUCACCUGUCUGAAAGAGGGAGAAAUCGCCAUCCAUAACUCUGACGGGCAGCAGGCCACCAUCCUGAAGGAGGACCUGCCUGGCUUUGUGUUCGAGUCAAACCGAGGAACUAAACACUCGUUCACGGCUGAGACGUCUCUGGGCUCUGAGUUUGUGACGGGCUGGACGGGGAAGCGAGGCAGGAAGCUGAAGUCAAAACUGGAGAAGACGAAGCAGAAGGUGAAGAGCAUGGCCAGGGAGCUGUACGAUGACCACUUCAAAGCUGUGGAGAGCAUGCCCAGAGGCGUGGUGGUGACCCUGAGGAACAUCUCUACUCAGCUGGAGUCUGCCUGGGAGCUUCACAUUAAUAGACAGUGUAUCGAAGGAGAGAACACAUGGAGAGACCUGAUGAAAACGGCUCUGGAGAACCUGAUCGUAGUUUUGAAGGAUGAAAACACAAUUUCUCCAUAUGAAAUGUGCAGCAGUGGCCUGGUCCAGGCUCUAUUUACCGUCCUCAGCAACAGUGUGGAGCUGGACAUGAAGCAUGAUUGUAAACCUUUAAUGGAAAGGAUCAACGUCUUUAAGGCUGCUUUCAGUGAAAACGAAGAUAACGAAAGCCGACCUGCUGUUGCCUUAAUCCGAAAGCUGAUAGCAGUGCUGGAGUCGAUAGAGCGUCUUCCCUUGCACCUGUACGACACUCCAGGUUCCUCUUACAACCUGCAGAUCUUGACGAGGAGGCUGCGGUUCCGGUUGGAGCGAGCACCGGGGGAGACAGCUCUGAUCGACCGGACGGGUCGCAUGUUAAAGAUGGAGCCUCUGGCCACGGUGGAGUCUCUGGAGCAGUACCUGCUGAAAAUGGUGGCCAAGCAGUGGUACGACUUUGAGCGCUCCUCAUUUGUUUUUGUGAGGAAGCUGAGAGAAGGACAGACUUUCACAUUCAGACACCAACACGACUUCGAUGAGAACGGCAUCAUCUACUGGGUUGGAACCAAUGCCAAGACCGCCUACGAGUGGGUUAAUCCUGCGGUGUAUGGGCUUGUGGUAGUGACAUCAUCAGAGGGGCGUAACCUUCCCUACGGGCGUCUGGAGGACAUUCUGAGUCGGGAUAGCUCCGCCCUCAACUGCCACACCAACGAUGACAAAAAUGCAUGGUUCGCUGUCGACCUCGGCCUCUGGGUCAUUCCCUCAGCAUACACUCUGAGACACGCCAGAGGUUACGGGCGGUCAGCAUUGAGGAACUGGGUCUUUCAGGUGUCGAAGGACGGUCAGAACUGGUCCACACUCUACACCCACAUAGAUGACAGCAGCCUCAACGAACCAGGGUCGACGGCCACAUGGCCUCUGGACCCCUCCAAAGACGAGAAGCAGGGCUGGAGACACAUCCGGAUCAAACAGAUGGGGAAGAAUGCCAGCGGUCAGACACAUUACCUGUCCCUGUCAGGACUGGAGCUAUACGGCACCGUCAUCGCCGUCUGUGAGGACCAACUGGGUAAAGCUGUGAAAGAGGCAGAGGCAAACCUUCGCCGCCAACGGCGUCUGUUCCGCUCCCAAGUAAUGAAGUACAUCGUCCCGGGAGCACGGGUUGUUCGUGGUAUUGACUGGAAGUGGCGGGACCAGGAUGGAAACCCGGCUGGAGAGGGCACUGUCACUGGGGAGGCUCACAACGGCUGGAUUGAUGUAACCUGGGAUGCUGGCGGCUCUAACUCUUACCGUAUGGGCGCUGAAGGGAAGUUUGACCUCAAGCUUGCUCCAGGGUACGACCCUGAGUUGGCUGCCACAGCGCCAUCACCCAAACCUGUCUCAUCCACUGUUUCAGGUCCCGCCUCCUCCACGGUGGGACCCUCUGUGACACCCGCGGCCAUUGGCGGAACCACCACCACCACGUCAUCCUCGUCAUCAUCCACCUCAUCGUCCUCGCAGCAGCCUUCAUGGAGCAGCUUGGUGAAAAAUAACUGUCCCGACAAAGGCGGGGCCAGCUCCUCCAGCAGGAAGGGCAGCAGCAGCUCCGUCUGCAGCGUCGCCUCCUCCUCGGAUAUCAGUCUGAGUUCGUCCGCUGGACUGACUGGGGCAGGGGGCCUGCAGCUGGAGAGGAAGGCUGAGGGGCUGCUGCUGGAUCAGGGUGUCGGGGUGGGAGGAGUACUGGGAGGAGGAGGAGGAGUUGGUUCUGAUGGACAUCAGCAGGAGCCAAUUGUUGUUCUGUCCUCGGCGGCAGAAGGAGGAUCCGGUUCAGCUUCCAGCUCUGGUACAAUCACCGCGGACACAUCCGCAGCCGGAGAAGAACCCCACUCACCCACGGCGAUGGCUGCCACCGACCCAGCAACCGCCAUCUCCAUGGGGCUGGUGAGCGUCAGCUCCCCGGAUGUGAGCUCGGUGUCCGAGUCAUCCAGCAAGGAUACGCACUCUCAGAGGCCGCUGUGCUCGGCAGCCAACACGCGGCUGUCCGUCAGCUCCCUGCUGGCUGCCGGCGCUCCCAUGAGCUCCAGCGCCAGUGUGCCCAACCUUUCUUCCAGAGAGGCCAGCCUCAUGGAGUCCUUCGUCCGCCGGGCACCCAACAUGUCUCGCACCAAUGCCACCAACAACAUGAACCUGAGCCGCAGUAGCAGCGACAACAACACCAACACACUGGGCAGGAACGUCAUGAGCACAGCCACUUCUCCUCUCAUGGGUGCUCAGAGCUUUCCUAAUCUCACCACCACUGGUACCACCUCCACCGUAACCAUGUCAACUUCCAUAGUAACCAGUGGCAAUAAUGUAGCCACAGCUACCACGGGUCUGUCAGUGGGCCAGUUGCUAAGCAACACCCUGACGACCAGCCUGACAUCCACGUCCAGUGAGAGCGACACAGGACAGGAGGCGGAGUUUUCUCUCUAUGACUUCCUGGACAGUUGCCGUGCCAACACGCUGCUGGCUGAGCUGGAUGAUGAGGAAGACCUUCCAGAGCCUGAUGACGACGACGAUGAGAAUGAAGAUGACAAUCAGGAGGAUCAGGAGUAUGAAGAGGUCUUGGUGCAGUUUAAAUAUAUCAAUAAAAGAAAUGAGACAGAAUACAAGCCAUAUACGGAAGGCAAGGAAGAUAAGAGUCGUGGAUGUCAUGAGGAGGAGGAGGAGUACGAGACCAAGGGAGGACGCAGGAGGACCUGGGACGAUGAUUUUGUCCUGAAGAGGCAGUUCUCUGCUCUGGUUCCCGCCUUCGACCCCCGCCCAGGAAGGACUAACGUCCAGCAGACCACGGACCUGGAGAUCCCCCCACCAGGGACGCCUCGGUCGGAGGUUCGGGAAGAGGUGGAGUGUGCCCCGUCUCCUCACCUGGCUCUCACUCUAAAGGUGGCAGGGCUCGGCACAACCCGGGAAGUGGAACUUCCUCUGUCCAACUACAAGUUGACCAUCUUCUACUACGUUCAGCGGCUCCUGCAGCUCUCCUGCAACGGAUCUGUGAAGACGGACAAACUGCGGCGCAUCUGGGAGCCUACGUACACGAUCAUGUACCGGGAGCUCAAAGACACCGAAAAAGAGAAGGAGAGUGGGAAGAUGGAGUUGUUUGAAAACGGCGUCAGUCUUGGGGGUCGUUCUGGCGGUCUGAGCCCGAGCUCGGUUUCAGGCAAUCAGAGCAGUGAGAUCCUGGGAUGGGCGAAGGAGGCGGUGCAGGCCAAAGCCGGCUGCAGCCAGAACGCCUGCGGGGUGGAGGACGUCCUGCAGCUGCUGCGCAUCCUCUAUGUCAUCGGACGAGACUCUGCCUCCAGUUCACGAACGCUGCAGGAAGAUAUUGAUGAGCUGCAGUUCAAUGCGCCGCUAGAAGAGUUCACCAGCAAGAAGAUCACCACCAAGAUUCUGCAGCAGAUCGAGGAGCCUCUGGCCCUGGCCAGCGGAGCGCUGCCGGACUGGUGCGAGCAGCUCACCUCCAAGUGUCCUUUCCUCAUCCCCUUUGAGACCAGACAGCUGUAUUUCACCUGCACUGCCUUCGGGGCCUCCAGGGCAAUCGUGUGGCUGCAGAACCGGCGGGAGGCCACCAUGGAGCGCUCCCGGACCUCCACCACGGUGCGGCGGGAUGAUCCCGGGGAGUUCAGGGUGGGUCGGCUCAAACACGAGCGGGUCAAGGUUCCCAGAGGAGAAGCCAUGAUGGAGUGGGCAGAAUCAGUCAUGCAGCUCCACGCCGACCGGAAGUCCGUGCUGGAGGUGGAGUUCCAGGGAGAGGAGGGGACCGGUCUGGGCCCAACUCUGGAGUUUUACGCUCUGGUGGCUGCAGAGUUUCAGAGAACGGCUCUGGGUAUCUGGCUGUGUGACGACGACUUCCCUGACGAUGAGUCGCGACAGGUGGAUCUGGGUGGAGGCCUGAAGCCUCCUGGUUACUACGUCCAGCGUUCCUGUGGACUGUUUCCGGCUCCAUUCCCUCAGGACAGCGAGGAGCUGGAGCGAAAUACCAAACUUUUCCACUUCCUGGGAGUUUUUCUGGCCAAGUGCAUCCAGGACAACCGGCUGGUGGACCUGCCGGUCUCUCAGCCUUUCUUCAAGCUGCUCUGCAUGGGGGACAUCAAGUCCAACAUGAGCAAGCUGCUGUACCAGUCUCGCGGCUCGCCACAAGGUCACGUCUCGGAGCGGCACCUGCAGCCCUUCCUGCUGCUGUCGGAGAUGCAGUCGGAGGCGUCCACCGAGGAAAGCCAGGAGACCUACUCGGUGGGCAGCUUGGACGAGGACUCAAAGUCUGAAUUCAUCAUGGACCCACCAAAGCCCAAACCGCCCGCCUGGUACCAUGGCAUCCUGACCUGGGAUGACUUCAAGCUGGUCAACCCACACAGAGCUGGAUUCCUGAAGGAGGUGAAGGAGCUGGCGGUGAAAAGGAGACAGGUUUUAGCAAGUAAGAGUUUGUCAGAGGAUGAUAAGAACACUCGGCUGCAGGACCUGAUGCUGAGGAACCCGCUGGGCUCCGGACCUCCACUCAGCAUUGAGGACCUUGGGUUAAACUUCCAGUUCUGUCCGUCCUCCAAGGUUCACGGAUUCUUUGCAGUGGAUCUGAAACCCAACGGAGAUGACGAGAUGGUGACCAUGGAGAACGUAGAAGAAUACGUGGAGCUGAUGUUCGACUUCUGUAUGCACAAUGGCAUCCAGAAGCAGAUGGUGGCCUUUAGAGAGGGGUUCAAUCGUGUCUUUCCAAUGGAGAAGUUGAGCUCCUUCAGUCAUAAAGAGGUACAGAUGAUCCUCUGUGGCAACCAGUCACCUUCUUGGACUUCUGAUGACAUCAUCAACUACACUGAACCAAAGCUCGGAUACACCAGAGACAGCCCUGGGUUCCUGCGCUUUGUCAGGGUGUUGUGUGGGAUGUCAUCCGAUGAGAGAAAAGCUUUCCUGCAGUUCACCACCGGCUGCUCCACACUGCCCCCCGGCGGCCUGGCCAACCUGCACCCGCGCCUCACCAUCGUCAGGAAGGUGGACGCCACAGACUCCAGCUACCCGUCAGUCAACACGUGCGUCCACUAUCUGAAGCUGCCUGAGUAUUCAUCUGAAGACAUCAUGAGGGAGCGUCUGUUAGCCGCCACCAUGGAGAAGGGCUUCCACCUCAACUGACCUGCUGCACACUGAGCAUGCUCCUCAGACUCACCUCUCCGUCUCGCCAGAGCAGCCGGCCGAGUGAAGGAUGGACCGACGGCUGCUGGAGGAAGAAGUUUACGUUUAAAAACCCGAUAGAAGAGCUGCGGUCCUCACGUCUUCUCCUCCUUCCUCCUGAUCAGCAUCAUCUUCCUCGCCACAACCUCCAGAGCUGCCAUGUUGUCUUCAGCUCAUCGUUGCAGGCUGGCGCAUGUGUGUGUGUGUGCGCGUGUGUGUGUGUGUGUGUGUGUGCGUGUGUAUGCGUGUGCGCUGAUCUGGUUUGACUUGUAGCUUUUGUUUUCACUUCAGACUCGUUUUUAGUUUUUCUUCUUUCAGCUUCUGUGUGUGCGACAGUUUUUGGUUUCUGACCAGAAGAAGAGGUCAAAGCUCAGUUUGUUUCCUUUCCGAUGAAGCGACGGAGAUGCUGCUGGUGUGCGAGGCACACCUAAAAACAAGAAAGAAGCUCUGCUCUCCCUAUAUUUCUUUGUAUAUUAUAAACAUUUAUUUAACUGAAGUUGCAGUUUGAGGUAAACAGAUAUUUUCAAAUGUGUAUGCUCCAAAAAUAAUCAUUAAAACGUUUGCAAAGUAUGAAGACAAGA